AUGACUGUUGCUUCGAUGGGGGAGGUGACUCCCCAUCCAACCGACAUCUCCUCCAGCCCCAGGCCUCACGAUAGCACAUCGCCCGAGAGCGAUGGAAAAGCCCAGGUUGUUGAAGAUUCACAGGCGUUCGGACGGUCAUGGCGCGUCUGGUGCAUCAUCUCUGUCCUUUGUCUGCUGUCCUUCAUGUCUGCCGUCGACGCCACCAUCAUAACCACGUCUCUACCCACAAUAGCCCGAGAAAUCGGCGGAGCUGAAAAGUACGUCUGGGUUGCAAACUCGUUUUUGUUUGCAACGACAGUCCCCCAGCCCCUUUUCGGCCAAAUAGCGAACAUCUUUGGCCGUCGCAACCCCAUUAUCGUCGCGAUCGCACUCUUCGUCCUGGGAAGCGGUAUUUCGGGAGGUGCUAAGAAUGUCGGCAUGCUCAUUGCUGGUCGAACAAUUCAGGGUCUCGGAUCAGGAGGCCUCUACGUUUUGUCCGACAUUGUCAUCUGCGAUAUCGUUCCACCACGGCAUAGAGGCCCGUACCUAAGUGCUGUUCUAUCGACCGCUGCGAUCGGAACAACUAUUGGGCCUAUAAUUGGAGGUGCACUCGCCCAGGUGAACUGGCGAUGGAUCUUUUGGAUUAACUUGCCAAUCGGUGGUGUAGGCCUCCUCGCCAUUCUGUUCUUCCUAAACGUUCGGUACAAGACCAGCCCGACAUGGAGUCAUGCAUUGGCUCGUGUCGACUUUCUAGGAAAUGCGAUUUUCAUUCCGUCCAUGGUUUCUUUAUUCUUCGGCCUUAUUACUGGUGGAAGUGUCUACCCUUGGAGCUCCUGGCAUGUUAUAGUUCCCUUGGUUAUUGGAGUUCUAGGAUGGAUCUUGUUCCACUUCCACCAGACGUCGCCAAUUUGCAAGGAGCCUAGCAUGCCACCAAGGCUGUUCCAGCAUCGUACUUCAGCAGCUAGCUUUGUCAUCAUCUUUUUCGGAGCCAUCAUCCUCCAGGCGAUUUCUUAUUUCCUCCCAGUUUAUUUCCAGGCUGUCAAAGGAACCUCACCCUUAACCUCUGGUGUGAAUUUCCUUCCGUUUGCCCUCGCUAUUAUGCCCUUUGGCGGGCUGACGGGUGUAUUCAUGUCGAAAACGGGUAUGUACAUACCGCUACACUGGAUUGGGUUCGCUUUGAGCGCCAUCGGUAUAGGCCUGUUUUCCACGUUGAACGAAUCAUCCAGUACAGGAGCUUGGGUAGGAUAUCAGAUCCUUGCGUCCGGAGGUACAGGAAUCGUUUUCACUGCUACACUACCAUCUACCUUGGCACCAUUACCAGAGAGCGACGUUGCCGUUGCUACUGGUACCUACUCCUUCGUGCGCUCAUUCGGUCUGGUUUGGGGUGCAACGAUGGCAUCCAUCGUUUUCAACGGCCAGGUGAAUUCACAUAUAAACUUGAUUACUGAUGUAGCAGUCCAAGCUCUUUUGAAGGACGGUGCUGCGUACUCGUAUGCCAGCGGUGGGCGUAUUGGGUUGUUGCCCCCUGAUUCGCAUGACCAAGUCAUAAUGGUAUAUGUGAAGGCGUUGCAGGUAGUCUGGCGAGUUAUCGUCGCAAUUGCCUGCCUUGGAUUUUGUUGUGCUUUUAUAGAGAAACACGUUGAGCUACGUAAGGAACACGAGACUGAGUAUGGGCUUGCUAAAGAAGAUCAGCCUGGUACCCCAGGGGAGGUGGAAAAGGGGGUAUACACUCCAGAAAAGAAAUAG